AUGAUAUUGUUUUCCAUUUUAUUGUUCUUCUUAGUUUUGAGUUUGUCCUUUGAUAAAACCCUAGAUCUAGAAUUAAAGUUGCAGAAUCCUUUGUAUCAAUUUGGUGCUUUCAUCUUGAACCAUGGCCCCCCAAAACCACCUAACCCUAGAGAGCUAGUUGAAGAAGCUGUCAACACAGCUGACCUACAUCUUAACAUUGCUAUGCAAGAAACCCAACAACAAAUGGAUGAGAGGUUCCUUAGAACUCAUUCAAAAUUGGAUGAACUUCAUACUAGAAUGGAGAAUGACAAACAAAUUUCAGAUUCUAGAUAUGAAAACAUCCUAAGUUUGUUGACCAAACUGGCGGUUCAGGCAGAAAAACAACCAGUGGUUACUGUUCCCGCAACCACUAUUCAAAGUCCUGUUCACAGCGUGUCCACUGUUCAAAGCGGCGGCACUGUUCAUCACGCGAGCACUGUUCACGGCGCAAAGACUGUUCACGGCGCCAGCUCAUCAGGUAUAAAACAGACUCUAAAUUUUUCUUCUAUUCCCACCAGCUUUACUAUUCCCUCAGCCUUCACCCCACAACAAACCCCUAAUUUCACUCGCCCUAACUUCACCCACACAGUCACUCCUCCCAACAGCAUUCCACAAACACUUAUUUCCACUAUCCCUAGAUCUCCUUUUCAACCAUCACAUCAUUUUUUCCCCAACCAAUCUUACCUUGAACCCCCUUACUAUGUGCCACCCCCCAUCUUUACUACUACACCGUCAUUUUCCACCACACAAAUACCCCAAAUUCCUUAUUCACUAAACCAGCCCUCUACCCCUCUUCCCCCUUUUCGUACUCCCAAAUUGGAACUCACCAUGUUUGAUGGCUCCAACCCCCUUGAGUGGUUGUUUCAAGCUGAGCAAUUCUUUAAUUUUUAUAAUCUACCUCCGGAAAACCGUUUAGCCAUGAUGUCUUUUUACAUGAAGGGAGAGGCUUUAGGUUGGUUUAAAUGGAUGUUUAAAAAUAAUGAGUUGGUGGAUUGGGUUUCUUUCACUAGAGCAUUGGAAUUACGUUUCGGUCCUUCUACAUAUGCCAAUCACCAAGCUGAGUUAUUCAAACUUAAGCAGACUCAUUCUGUUGUGGAAUACCAAGCCCAAUUUGAAAAGUUGGGAAAUCAAGUCAUCGGCUUAUCGCGUGAGGCAAUCCUGAACUGUUUCAUUUCUGGUUUAAUUCCCGAAAUUCAGAGCGAAUUAGCUAUCCAUAAACCAGUAUCAAUAUCUCAAGCUAUUGGGCUUGCUAAAUUGAUCGAAUCCAAAUUACGAGAGGCCAAACCAAAAUUUCAGAAAACCUUUUCACCUAACACCAUUCGCCCAACUUCCCAAAACCCAACUACUAUUGUUUCUUCCCCCCUUACAAAACCUUUACCUACCACACAGCCAGCUAAAUUACCCAUUCGACGCCUCUCCAAUACCCAAUUACAAGAGCGUCGAGCCCAAGGUUUAUGCUUCAAUUGCGACGAAAAAUUUAUACCAGGCCACAAAUGCGCUGCUGGAAAAUUCCUAUUACUAAUUGAAGAUGAUGAACUCCCCACACCAGAACCACUAGACACUCACGUCGACUCUAUCACUUCCAUGAAUCAAGAGGACACCUAUUUCCAACUCUCUCCUCAAGCUGCCAAUGGCCAGUUCUGCCCAAAAACACUGAAAUUUCAAGGCUCCAUCAACGGACUUUCAGUCAUGAUACUUAUCGAUACGGGCAGUACCCACAAUAUUUUGCAGCCUCGUAUUGCCCAACAUCUUAAACUCCCCACACAACCUAUUCCCAAUUUCUCCGUCAUGGUAGGCAAUGGUUCUAAAUUGUCUUGUUCAGGAAUUUGCCCAACAGUCCCAAUCAAUAUACAGGAAAAUUUCUUUGAAAUUCCUUUUCAUUUACUUCCAAUUGAGGGCGCCGAUGCUGUUCUUGGAAUGGAAUGGCUUAGAACUCUCGGUCCACUAAUGGCCGAUUUCUCUAUUCCUAAAAUCUCUUUCACUCAUGAUAACCACAAGAUCACUAUCACCGGUGACUCUAAGACCCAAAUUUCCCCAUCCUCUUAUAACCAAUUUUGUCACCUUUUACACACUGACUCAGUCGCUUCACUUCACCUACUACUUUACCAACCCACACCAGAUCCACAACAGAACCCACAACAUCCACAACCUAACCCAUUUACUGACUUGCCUCCCACAAUUCCAACCAAGAUUUCCAAAAUACUUCAUUCAUACACUAAGGUUUUUACACAACCCCACGGCCUGCCCCCACCUAGACCUCAUGAUCAUAAAAUUCCCAUUCUCCCAAACACUCCUCCAAUCAAUGUAAAACCUUAUAGAUAUCCCCAUUCCCAAAAAGAUGCAAUGACUUCAAUAAUUCAAGAGAUGUUACAAGAUGGUAUCAUUAAGCCUAGCAACAGCCCAUACUCCUCCCCUGUCCUAUUAGUCAGAAAAAAGGAUGGUACUUGGCGAUUCUGCGUGGACUAUAGGGCUCUUAACGCUGUUACAGUUCGUGACCGUUUCCCCAUCCCAACUAUAGAUGAACUAUUUGAUGAAUUGGGUUCUGCAACUAUUUUUUCUAAGAUUGACUUACGAUCCGGUUAUCACCAGAUCCGGGUUCUUCCAGAGGACACUCACAAAACUGCUUUUAGAACAUUUGAUGGGCACUAUGAGUUCUUAGUGAUGCCAUUUGGCCUAACUAACGCUCCUAGUUCUUUUCAAUCUGCCAUGAACGACUUGUUGCGUCCUUACCUAAGACGGUUUGUACUAGUGUUUUUUGACGAUAUACUUAUUUAUAGCUCCAAUAUUACAGAUCAUGCAAACCAUUUAAAAUUGAUUUUAGAAUUGCUUGUUUCUAAUCAAUUUUAUGCAAAAUUAUCAAAGUGUGUGUUUGCUGUUCCUAGUGUUGCUUAUUUAGGUCAUAUUAUAUCAAGUGAAGGUGUAACCCCGGAUCCAGAAAAGAUUAAAGCUAUACUAGAGUGGCCAAGGCCUCGUUCGCUCACGACACUCAGGGGUUUUUUAGGACUCACCGGCUUUUAUAGACGUUUUGUACGUCACUACGCCUCUCUCGCCGCUCCCCUCACCGAUUUACUUCAUUCCACUAAAUUACAUUGGAGUUCUACUGCAGAGGCAGCUUUUACAUCAUUACAACAAAAAAUGACCGAAACACCAGUCUUGUGUCUUCCUGAUUUCUCUCUACCUUUCGUGCUGGAAACCGAUGCUUCCGCAAUUGCAGUUGGAGCCGUUCUGUCUCAGCAAGGACACCCAAUCGCCUUCUUCAGCAAAAAGAUGUGCAACCGCCUUCAAGCCUCCUCUGUGUACGUACGCGAGAUGUAUGCAAUCACCGAAGCUGUAAAAAAUGGCGUCAAUAUUUGA